GUUGAUGCCGGGGUUCAGAUCCAAGUCUGGCGGCGUCUGCAGUUCAACCUCCACAGUCAGUUCACUGCAUCAAACUCGUGAGCUCCGGUUUCCAAUGCUUGACCAUUACUGACUACAACUUUUCAUUUGCAAUUUGAAACGUGAUACCUGGUCUUCCGCCUAUGUUCAGCGUAUUGCUGUCCCUUGAAGCAAUUUACUAAGGGUCACAACAAUACUACACCUUCAUCCUAGAGCAUGGACAUGGCCUCUUCUGUCGUGCCCGAGCCGCAACCGGCCACCACAACCAGCAGACCACAGCAGAACCUGCGUAAUCCUCUCCCUUUGUCUCCAGCUCAGGAAGCGGAGGUCCGUCGAGCAUACUACGCACGAGUACGUUCGAGAUGUCAAGAUGAGAUCAAAGAGUUCGCCGAUUGUGCCCGUGGACGAACGAUAACCGUGGCAUGGAACUGCCGGGCUCAACAUCACAAGAUGAACAGCUGCAUGAUCAAGUGGGCGACGAAAGCGGAAGAAGACGCUGCGCGAGAAGAAUGGUUUCAAGGGGUUUUGGACCGACGGCGACAACGAGAGGAAGAACUGGCCGCGGUCGAAAAGAGAAGACAGGAGGUCAUUGAAUUGACCAGAAAGCAAGAGGAGAAGGAAGCGCUGGAGGCGGCGAGAAAGCUGGCAGCGGAUAAAGAGGGUGAGGCGAAGAAGAAGAGCGGAAGCUCCUGGUGGCGGUGACGAUCGAGAAAAAUAAAGAAAAGAAGAAUCGAUGGGAAUCUGUCCGGGUGCGCUGUUCUGGUGACACCGUUUCCUUGGGACUGACAUCUCGAGGUUCGGUCUUUGCUCACAUUCUGGACAAGCUUAUGGGCAAAAGGAGAGGAGGGUCUGAAAGAUGCUGUGCGAAUAAGUCUCUUCGUUCACUAUUGCUGCUGAGUCAAAACAGCCACCAUUGGGGCAGCCCGAACUCAUCGCGCGCGUCUCCGGCAAUACGAAGACGCCCACCGCCGUCCAAUCGACAACCUUGGGCUCGAGUAUGCGAAGUACGGACUUGCCCUGAUCGCUUAUACAAGACACAAAAAGCAAAAACACAGCAAUGGGCAGGGCUGUUUCGCUGGCAACAACUUUUCAGCUCACCGACAGACCUCGCCAUGUCCAAUCCUAUUCACACCACCCCAGCUGUCGUGUAGUAUUGAAAGCCGCAUCACCAGAAAACCCACCACGAAGGCCAGCAGACGAGUCGAGCUCCAAAAUCCCGGCCUAUCUGCAGAUCCAGUCAAUCUACAACACAAACCGUUUGUAUAUUAAGAACCAAAUCUCACCUCAAAUAUCGAAUCAGCCAGCGGGCAACAACAACCUUCAGGCCUCUUCACCACCGCCAUAUUUGGCCUUGACGUAUUCCCACUUUCUGCGACUUGCCUCAAUCAGAGCCUCAUGCUCAUCCUCAUCGCUGGCAAACGGACGUCGUCGUCUGGUGGCUUGGUCGUUACCCGAGUCAUAGUCAUCAUCGAAAGGGUUGGACAUGUUGGCUCGGCUUUGAAUUUGGGCUGCUUUGGCUCUGGCUCUGGCGGCAUCAUGGCGUCGUUCCUGGACUUGGCGAUAGAGAAAGUACGCGGCCACAAGCCAGACCACGCAGUUGGCGAGGGCGAUGGCCGAUUCGAAGGGAGAAACGUAGUAUUUGCUAUGUUUCUCCAUUUUGAGCAGCUUUCGUCCUUGAGAGCUGAGUGUGUGUUUCAGUCGAGUGCUUGUGGAUGGGGUGGAGUGGAGUGAACAGGACUGAACUCGAUCUCGAUGUCGAUCUAAAUAUGAGAAAGAAACAAACAUUUAAAGAAAGGACUCGCAGGCAGCGCAGGGGCACGGUAGCCGUUCAUAUACUCACUUGUGUCGUUCAUGGUUUGCGGUGUGAACCGUUGCCGCAACAAACGCACACUCUGUCCAGGGGAGCACAACGGCGACUCUGAAUGAAUGAAUGCACGAAAGAAAAAGCAGAGAAGAAACGGUCUGUGACAAGAAUACUAACUAGGUCUUACAGACCGGCUUCCAUUGAAUAUUUAUAUACCAGAAAAAUAUGUGAAUAUUACAAGACUCAACAAUGAUAUGCCAGUCAUUGUCACCACGACAGUCGCCGCCAUCUACAAAAUAUCGCCUUCCCGGAUAGUAUUGUAAAGCUCUGGUUUCCAUUAUUGAUAGCUAAAGGAAUUGGGUAUAACUAUAGCGGCAACUCUAUUCUUGGC